AUGAACCAGCCUGUCCCGCCGGAUCGGACGGACUUAGGGCCUCCACCCAACAUGGUCAUCCAGCAGUACGCAAGAUAUCCUCCGGCUCUGGAGCCUGGUUUACAUAGCGCUUCUUCCAUAGGCAGUGCUCCCACUCGCAUAGGCCCCUCCAAAUCCCCUCCUCUCGCUCGCAAAGCUACCCCGCGCAGUCUGCAGGCAUCGCCCACCGGCCCACGCCCGGUUGUGCCUCCCCCGCCAGUGGCGCGCUCGGGGCCCUCGAUCUCGCCUCCAAUGUAUGAUUCAAUCCGGCCGCUGCCUCCCCGCGAGUCAAUGGACCAGCUGGAAACUCGGGCUCUGCCGUCGCGCGACCUGACCGAUGGCACCAUCGACGAUGCUUAUAUCAUGUUCAUCUUCUACUGCAAUCCGAAUGUCCCUCUGUCGGUGGACACGUCAGAACUCCGCAAGAACUUUCGCUGCCCUCCUCGAAGCGAUGGCAAAAGCUUCAGUAUCUUUGCCUUAUGGGAGCUCAUUCGAAGGCUGGACAGCAAGGAGCUCAAGACGUGGAUACAGCUGGCGAUUGAACUGGGGGUGGAGCCACCAUCGAUGGAGAAGAAACAGAGCACGCAAAAGGUCCAGCAAUAUGCCGUUCGGCUCAAGCGCUGGAUGCGCGCCAUGCAUGUCGAUGCGUUUUUCGAAUAUUGCCUCGGACAUCCCCAUCCCUAUUACACUCGCCUUCCGCCCUCCACCGUGAUCAGCGACACCCGAGAUGGCGUCCCCCUCGAAGAAGACCUUGCAUUGCGGGCUCUGGUUCCUCAGUGGAGACCGAAACGAGGGCGAAAGCGGGCUGAGGAGGAGAAUGACAAGCUGGCAUUGGUAAAACGGCCUCAUCUCGAUCCCUCGGUGGGCGUUAUGCAGCCAGUCCCAUACCAAGGGCCCUCGCCAUUCCCCCCAGGCGCUCUCCCGUUCACCACUUUCCCUGAUGAGAUGGAGUCGAAUGAUCCGUGGAUGGGCAGCGGCCCUCCCUUCCCGCCCGACGCUUCCUCAGAUACCCAAACGGCCCAGUCGAAUCCCGAUCUGCGGUGGCGGCCGAUGGAACGGGAUGCAUCCCCGGCCGGUUAUUCCGCUAUUGCCCCUCGAAGCCAGCACCCGUCUGAGGUCUUCAUUCAGCCUGCCGAGCCACGCUCGGCCGUGUCACUAUCCUCGGGAGAAAAGACCCGGCCCAAGCGGCGCCAUGGUCCCGCGGUCUCCUCGGCGUGGCCCAGCAACAACGGGAGUAAUGGAAAGACCCGAGGCCGGCCACCCAACCGGGGGACCGUGUCGGGACCUUUCUCCUCGUUUCCGGUCAAUCCUAACCGCACCGACUCAUCUCACCUGCCGGGCCCUGGGCUUCGGACCUCUCCUGCGAUGAUGCUUGACCAGGAUCCUUCCAAUCGCUUUCAUAACUCUCCGUUCCAGCAAUCACCCACCCCCUUCUCCUUUGCCCCCAAACCACAUAAGCUGCAACUGCAAGGUCCACCGCCCACCGGCACGCCGGUCCGUCUUGCGACCCCUCCCACCCUGCUGGUUAACGGCGUCAACAACGGCUCCGGUUCGUUGAUGAAGAUGGAGGGAGGCCAACGGAACGGGACUCUGGCCCCUCUGAACGACUUUAUCAGCAAUGUCGGUGUCACCAACCCGUCCUCGUAUGCCAACCGCAACAGCGUCCCCAAUGCGGACAUCUCGUCCGAUGAGGUUGUGCGCGUGCUGUCGAGCGAGCUCCUUCGCGGGAAAACCACCGGUCGGCCGACCCCUCUCACCACGGACGAGGCCCGGGGUCUCGCAGUGUCUGUUGUGUCCAGCCUGACAACCACAUAUGCCAAGCUUCCGUCCGGAUUGGCGGCUCUCAUGUCCGCCUUGCAUCUGGGCCUUGGACAGCAAUUCGGGUAUCCGGGGGUGACCGACAGUGCCAUGACGGUGAAUGUCGAGCCUGGGCCUGUCGUCACCUCGGACACACCCAGCACCGACGGCAGCCCCAACUUGGUGUACACCAUCUCGCACGAAUACAAACACGGACUUCGGUUUUCGACCAAGGUCACGUACGGCGACCUCAGCAUCAGCACCCCGGAUGGCCUCAAGCCGGAUAUCACGCCGGGGGCCACCGAGGAGCCCGACACCAGCAUUGCCGAAGCGGACAGUCUGACGGAUGCGGAAUACGAAGUGGAUGGGGAAAGCUCCAACAGCGAAACCACGUGGAAGCAACGGUACCUGAAGCUCCGCGGGCAGAUGCAGCGCAAGGAGCGAAUGUUGUCGCAGUACAAACGCAAGAUCCUCGAGUCGGUGAUGGCCGAUAUCUAG